AUGCAGAAACCUCUACUUCCUCCCGGAACGGGCAAGGAAGCUUUCGAGUUCGGCCCAACCUUGGGAACAGGCUCGUUUGGAAGAGUUAAGUCCGCCAAGUACUUGAAGUCAACAUCCACAAAUGUUGACGAUCCUACACAAGUGCCUCCCAGGGUCGCCGUAAAGCUGCUCAAGAAGGCUGCCAUUAUCAAACUCAAGCAUGUUGACCAUAUUAUUAAUGAAAAAAAAAUUCUCCUUGCUUUAGAUCAUCCUCUGACGGUGCGAUGCUUCGGAAGUUUUCAGGACAGCCGAUAUCUCUACUUGGUCAUGGAACUCGUGCCAGGCGGAGAGUUUUUCACCCACUUAAGAAAAGCCAAACGGUUCGAUAACGAUACAGCCAGGUUUUACGCCGCUCAGAUUGUCGAUAUAUUCGACUACCUUCAUAGUCAGAACAUUAUCUACAGAGACCUCAAGCCCGAAAAUAUGCUUCUGGACAAGGACGGAUACGUCAAGCUCACCGAUUUUGGCUUUGCCAAAGUCGUUGAAUUUCGAACAGACACACUCUGCGGUACUCCGGAAUACAUUGCACCCGAGGUGCUGUUGAACAAAGGACACGGAAAACCAGUCGACUGGUGGACAUUGGGAAUAUUGAUCUACGAGAUGAUGGUUGGCUACCCGCCCUUCCUUGACGACGACCCUCUCGGCAUCUACCAAAAAAUAUUAGCAGGGAAGUUCGUUUUUCCCAAGUUUUUCGACAAGGAUGCGAAGGUGCUGGUGAAAAAGUUGCUCCAGGCUGAUCUAUCCAAGAGAUGGGGGAACCUAAAGAACGGAGUCAAAGAUAUCAAGGAGUGCAGAUGGUUUUGCACUGUCGUAUUCGAGGACUUAAGAGCCAAGAAACUUGUCGCACGCUACAAGCCUACCGUGAAGGGCAUGGAUGAUCUUUCUAAUUUUGAGGCGUACCCCGACGAGAAGGACGACGCCGUGCCAGUGGACCCGAUGAAAGAUCCUUUUGCGACGUGGUGA